AUGCCGUCACCUUUAACAGUAGUUGUCACCGGGUCAAACCGCGGAAUCGGACAAGGCAUCAUUCAUCUCCUGGCCAGCACAGAGCACCCACAACCUCUACACAUCUACGCCACUUCUCGCGGUGGCAUAGAUCUCAAAGUCCAAGCUAAACCUCCAAACGAAAUCCGAUAUGCAAAACUCGACGUCUCAGACAAGUCAUCCAUAACGUCCUUCCUCAACUCAGCAGUUAACGACAACGGGAAAAUUGAUGUCUUGAUCAAUAACGCCGGAAUAAACAACAAUAGUAACGAGACAGUAGAGUCUGCAGAGCAAACCAUCAACAUCAACUACCAUGGCACCAAGCAAAUGUGCCAGCUGUUCCUUGAACAAGGCAAAAUGAAAAGCACACCAGGUGCCCGCAUCGUAAACGUAUCCAGCACGGCUUCAGUCCUAUCGAACUACCCAUCGGCCACACAGUCCCGCUUCCGAUCCGUAACAUUCAUUCCAGACAUCGAUACCCUCGCACAGGAAUACAUCAAAUCUGUUCAAUCCAACGCCCAAGAAUCCGCUGGCUUCGGCGCACCACCAAAAUCUUACCAAGUCAGUAAGGCACUCAUGAACGCUCUUACAGUAGUACUGGCCAAGGCGAAUGAGGGUGUGGCAAUUAACUGCUGUUGUCCCGGUUGGGUGAAUAGUGACAUGGGAAAUCAGAUCGGCAAGCCGCCUAAGACUUUGGAGGAAGGGGCGAGGAUACCGGUGCGGUUGGGUAUUGGACAGCUUGGCAGUAAAGGAGACUCUGAUGGUGGGUUGGGUGAGGAGACGGAGUGGGUAAGUGGGCGGUAUUUUGGGAACGAUGGGGUUACGGAUCGUGGGUGGGGAAGGGCUAGGGAGUGGUAA